AUGAGUCAGGCAGGGGCAAUGAAUCAGGCAGGGACGAUGAGUCAGGCAGAAACGUGGAGUCAGGCAGGGGACGAAGAGUCAGGCAGAGACGAGGAGUCAGGCAGAGACGAGGAGUCAGGCAGGGAUGAGGUGUCAGGCAGGAAUGAGGAGUCAGGCAGGGACGAGGAGUCAAGGAGGGACGAUGAGUCAGGCAGAAACGAGGAGUCAGGCAGGGACGAUGAGUCAGGCAGGGACGAUGAGUCAGGCAGGGACGAUGAGUCAGGCAUGGAGGAGGAGUCAGGGAGGGACGAUGAGUCAGGCAGGGACGAGGAGUCAGGCAGGGACGAGGAGACGGUGAAUGAGGAACAUUACUCACUUGUCAUGCCUGCUGGGCACAGCCAAGCGAGUAUUGCUCACAUUCCGAAACAAUUUAUUGAAUAA